CUCUGAAGAUCACCGCCUCAACUUGCGUCUAUCCAGAUUCAAACCUGCCCCCCGUACAGAGUACAUGCACAGUACAUGAUGUGCCAAGUCCCGGCCCUCUGUGCAAGGUAUGGGAGAAAGUCUAAACAGAGCGAGAAAGAAUGGUAAUACCUUCGAAAGUGGCCAAAGCCUGAUGCCCUCAAAGAAGAGGCCGAUAAUCUGUCGCAUGGAGCAUAUCGAUAACAUAAAGGAAACUGAGUUGGUGAUGCCUGACCCAGCAAGAGAAGCGGUCAGAUGGACUCCCGUGACAUCAAAUUCAAGCGGAGUCUCAAGGAUCUUGGAUCACCAACGAGAGAACCAAACGCCGUGGAAAUCUUGAGUCUUGGUCAAGCUUCAUGCGACUCAGGGAUUCCCCCACUUAUUCCACGCCUUACUCGGGCUCCUCUGUGGAUUUUUCUUCUCUUUCAAUUUUUUUUUUUUUUUUUCUCUGUUCUUUUGUUUUUAACCCGUUCUUCCGUCUCCCCUCUCUCUGACUGUUCAACUCUCUCUCAUUCGGUACUGAUGUUUCUGUUCCCAUCGCAGCAAAUCAUAAUGGUUAGAAACUAUCAUCCCGCUCUGCUCUCACAAGCAAGCAUCUUGCCUGGUGAGCACAAGAAAAGAACGAAAUACGAGCUACUCGGGUUGCCCAUUUCAGUUAGAUUGAUUGCGACGCUCUCUCUCCGCACGCAAAUAUUGGAGAUCCAUGUCCCAGUCUGAUACACGCAAUGCAUAAGACCGGGAAGGGGCAUCUGACUUCUCGCGGUUAAAAAUCCGACCAAAGUUUAAGCAGAUCGCUGCGGAGUGAGAUCGCAUGUAGCAUCGAG